UAACCACAAAAGGCUGAUUUAACAAAAAUACGUUUCAUUUAGCUUGGAGAGUUUCAGAAUUUACCGUCCAAAAACCAGGCAAACUCGAUUUCAUCCUCUUCCUUCUUUCCUUUAACUAGAUUAGGAACAGUAGUCACCACCCUAGUUAUUUCCAUUUGUGUUAGAUUCAUUCAUCACCACAAUAGAGAUUCUCAUGGGUAACCUAAUAAUGUGUAUCCUUUUCGCAAUCCUUGCAGAUGAUGCGCCUAGUUCGCUUAGUCAAGGACCAGUGGUCUAAAUCCCAGAAGGAGGUUCAAUCGAGAUGAAACAGUUUUUUCCGAGGAGAUAAUCCUCGGUGACAAUGCAACAAUGCAUGAACUUACAGAUCUGGUAAGAGGAGUGUUUAACCUAACGACCGCAACACCGCUUUUAAUCACUUUCCAACUCCCACAAUGGAUGGUUGAACCCGAAGGUGAAACUGGCCCACCUCACAAUAUUGUUGCCAAGCCGGAUCUUGAGAUGGUAAUGAGUGUCCAUGAAUGGAAUACCGAGCCACAACUUUGUGUGAUAUUCGGAGCCGAAGACGUUGCCAAAUACGAGUUCAUCAGCAGAACACCGUUUAAGAUUGGCAAUCGAUCUUUUCUUGGAGAAGGAAAAACGGAAGAGCAACACAUGUCUGACAUAAACGAGAUGGUGGGUGGGCAAGAACUACUAUGUAGUGAUCAAGUCCUAGAGGAGAUUUUCAGUGAGGCCGAGCUGGUUAGUCUUUAUAGAUUUUCCUUCGAAAUAGAGAGAGCCAGGAACCGGCUGGACCUUAAAAUCGGCGCAGCUAAUACUACUGGAGAUGACGUUGUCCCUCAGCAAAUUCAACAAAAUGUCAGAGAACCAAGAUUGAGUGCCCAAAUUGGAAGCCUGACAACUGCUACUGAAUUGAUGCCUCCCCUGAACUAUGACGUGGGAAGUACUUCCGUUCAGCUUACCCCGGUCAGAAGAAAUGAAAUACGUCCUGACGUUCCAACUGGUAAAGUCGAAGAGCAAACUGAUCUCCAGGACUGAAGCAAAAGGAAUGGAUGAAAUAAGAGGGCACGUGUGAUAUUUUGGAAGUUAAAGUCAGUUGUAUGUGUAAGAUAAUGUUAAUGUCAGUUGGGUGUAAAAUAAUGUAAUAGUAAUGUCAGUCAUAUUUAUAUUUUUAAUGCUGUUGGGGCGCAAUGUAAAAUAGCAAGGUAAAUAUGUAAUAUGA